UCUGCCUUCAUUGAUGUAGCUUCCCAGGAACUGGAUGCAUUUGCAUUUUUUGCGUGCAAUAGGGACUGCAAUGUCAAUGAGAACUGGUAUAGCUGCUGAUGCUGCAGCAGCUUUGCUUUUCCGUAUACUAUCACAGCCUGCUUUGCUUUUUCCUCCAUUAAGACAAGUUGAGGGAGUGGAGAUUCAACACGAACCUCUUGGUAGUUAUAUUUCAUCCUACAGAAAGCAGAUAGAAGUACCUGCGGCUGAAGCAACUAUUGAAGCCACCGCCCAAGGGAUUGCAUCAAUGCUUUGUGCACAUGGACCUGAGGUUGAGUGGAGAAUUUGCACAAUAUGGGAAGCUGCCUAUGGGUUGAUUCCUUUAAGUUCUUCAGCAGUUGAUCUUCCUGAAAUCGUAGUUGCUACUCCUUUGCAACCCCCCAUAUUAUCAUGGAACUUGUUCAUUCCACUUCUCAAGGUCCUGGAAUAUCUUCCACGAGGAAGUCCAUCUGAAGCGUGUCUCAUGAAGAUAUUUGUUGCUACUGUGGAGGCAAUUCUUCAAAGAACAUUUCCACCUGAGCCCUCCAGAGAAAGUGCCAGAAAGACACGAUUUUUCACUAGCAUAGGAUCAAUCUCUAAAAACCUUGCUGUUGCAGAGCUUCGCACAAUGGUUCAUUCACUCUUUCUAGAGUCAUGUGCAUCAGUAGAACUUGCUUCACGGCUACUUUUUGUUGUCUUAACUGUAUGUGUUAGCCAUGAAGCUCAAUCAAAUGGGAGCAAGAGACCAAGAGGUGGAGAAAGGUCUCUUCCUGAUGACAGCACCGAGGAAUCUCAAGCAGUAUAUGAAAAGCAGGCAGAUAGGAGAACUAGAAAGACAAAAAAACAGGGACCUGUAGCAGCAUUUGAUUCUUACGUUCUUGCUGCUGUUUGUGCUCUGGCCUGUGAACUUCAGUUGUAUCCUUUGAUUUCAAGGGGAAAUAAAUAUCCAAAUGGUAAGGAUGUACAAGCUCUAGCUAGGCCGGCAAAAGGAAAUGGGUCUUCUAACGAGCUUGGGACUAGCAUUGACUCAGCUAUUCAUCAUACACACCGAAUUUUAGCAAUUUUAGAGGCACUGUUUUCACUGAAGCCGUCUUCUGUUGGUACUUCCUGGAGUUACAGUUCUAAUGAGAUAGUUGCUGCAGCUAUGGUAGCUGCUCAUGUUUCUGAACUAUUUAGACAUUCAAAGGCUUGCAUGCAUGCUCUUUCUGUCUUGAUGAGGUGCAAGUGGGAUAAUGAAAUUUACUCCAGAUCUUCAUCAUUGUAUAAUCUCAUUGACAUCCACAGCAAAGCUGUUGCAUCCAUUGUUAACAAGGCUGAGCCGUUAGAAGCAUGCUUAAUGCAUACGCCGGUUUGGAAGGAUUCUCUCACUGGUUAUGAUGGCAGGAAACAAGAUAGAUGGACGAGUACCAGCUGCUUUGAUUCUGGACAGAAUCCUGUCUCCCAGCGUGAAGACACAUUGCACUCAGAAACUAAUCACAAACAUGAGGGAGGAUUAUGUGCAGAUGAAGGCUCUGGAAAUACCUUGGGUAAAGGUAUUGCAAGUUUCCCAUUGGAUGCUUCGGAUCUAGCUAAUUUCCUCACAAUGGACAGGCACAUAGGAUUUAAUUGCAGUGCACAAGUACUUCUAAGAUCUGUUCUUGUAGAGAAACAAGAGUUGUGUUUUUCUGUUGUUUCACUGUUAUGGCACAAGCUGAUCGCAGCUCCAGAUACACAACCGUGUGCAGAAAGCACCUCAGCUCAACAAGGAUGGAGACAGGUAGUCGAUGCACUAUGCAAUGUUGUAUCAGCAUCGCCAACAAAGGCAGCUACAGCAGUCAUUCUUCAGGUCUAAAUUUUUUUUGACUUUUGAAUUUCUU